AAUCACUGACCAGAUGAGAAGCAUUGCAAACUAGUACAAGACCUCUCGUAUAGACUGAGAAAGGAGAGCGGAGAUAAAUGGCGCACAAAAGCAGCUUCGAGAUCGACCCAAGAAGUGGAUUUUGCAGAUCCAAUUCUACUUUCUACAGUAAGCGCAAGUCUAUUCCGCUUCCUCCCAAUCAAUAUAUUGAUGUCACCACCUUUAUCUCCUCACAGGCUCACCGUGGCAAGACAGCCUUCAUCGAUGCCACUACUGGCCGCCAUCUUAGCUUCCUCGAGCUAUGGAGAGCCGUCGAUUCUGUUGCCACCUCUCUAUUCGAGCUGGGAGUCCGCAAGGGCCAUGUCAUCCUUCUCCUUUCCCCGAACUCUAUUUUCUUUCCCAUUGUUUGCCUCUCUGUUAUGUCCCUUGGCGCCAUAAUCACCACAACCAAUCCUCUCAACACUCCCCGCGAAAUGGCCAAGCAAAUCGCGGAUUCCAAACCCUCGUUCGCUUUCACUACUCCCCAACUCGUCCCUAAACUCGCAGAGUCGGACUCAAGUUUACCCAUCAUCCUCAUAGAGGAUCAGAAUUCUACCAAACUCGACGCCAAAAUCGUGACAACUUUAAGCCAGAUGAUGACAAAGGAGCCAAGUGGGAGCCGAAUCAAGGAGCGAGUCAACAUUGACGACACAGCGACACUGCUCUACUCGUCCGGUACAACAGGAGCAAGCAAGGGUGUUGUUUCUUCGCACCGUAACCUAAUUGCGAUGGUUCAAACCAUCGUUGGACGUUUCAACGAAGACAGAGAGCACAGGUUUAUCUGUACCGUCCCCAUGUUUCAUAUUUAUGGUCUAGCAGCAUUUGCGACAGGACUACUCGCAUCAGGAUCAACGAUUAUCGUGCUCUCGAAGUUCGAGAUUCACGAGAUGCUAUCCACGAUUGAGGGUUACCGUGCUACGGAUCUCCCACUUGUGCCACCUAUACUAGUAGCACUGAUCAACGGCUCUGAUCAGAUAAGGUCCAAGUAUGAUCUGAGUUCGCUGGAAACAGUUCUUUCAGGAGGGGCGCCACUGGGCAAGGAGGUGAUAGAGGGGUUCGCGGAGAAAUAUCCAACGGUGAGGAUUCUUCAAGGUUACGGGUUAACCGAGUCAACGGCGAUUGGCGCGUCCACAGACACGCCGGAGGAGAGUAGGCGAUACGGUACGGCUGGAUUGCUGUCACCGAGCAUGGAGGCAAAGAUUGUGGACCCAGAGAGCGGAAAACCUUUGCCGGUGAACCAGACCGGUGAGCUAUGGCUCAGAGGUCCUUCUAUUAUGAAAGGUUAUUUUGGUAAUGUUGAAGCCACAUCAUCAACUCUUGACUCUGAGGGAUGGCUGAGGACUGGAGAUCUUUGCUAUAUUGAUGACGAUGGGUUUAUAUUUGUGGUUGAUCGGUUGAAGGAGCUUAUUAAAUACAAGGGAUAUCAGGUUCCCCCAGCGGAACUAGAAGCCUUGUUGCUGACUCAUGUGGACAUUUCUGAUGCUGCCGUGAUACCACUUCCUGACAAGGAGGCUGGACAGAUUCCCAUGGCCUAUGUGGUAAGAAAGGCUGGAAGUAGCUUAUCAGAGACUGCUGUAAUGGAUUUUGUAGCAAGACAGGUGGCUCCAUACAAGAGAAUCCGAAGAGUUGCAUUCAUUUCUGCCAUCCCUAAGAAUGCAUCAGGCAAGAUCCUCAGGAAGGAUCUGAUACAGCUUGCUACCUCUAAACUUUGAAUAGUUUAGUCUUCUGUAAACGCAAUAAGACUUCCUUAAUAGCUAUCACCCUUUUUCAGCUUUAGUACAUUUUGCUUAGCUUUGUUUAUCUACUUAGUAAGCACCUGUUUAAUAUUUCCAUUAGAUGGAAUAUAAACAAAAAGUUGGAUGUUUGGGGUAUGUUCUGUUAAGUUACGUUGUAAUUUCUGGAGACAAUAAAUUUGUAACUGUCCCAGAUACAGAUUUGAAUAAGAGUGAAUUUUUCUUGAUUA